CCCUCAUCCCUUCUUCUCCUCCUUCGAUCCCUUCUCCCAAACCCUCCCUCCCCCUUUCCUCUUCCCUCUUUCUGUUUUUAUGGUUCCAAAUCGAAACUUCUUGCCUCCUGCCAGCUCUCUCUCCCUCUCUCUUUCUCUCUUCUAGGGCUACUUCGAUUUGAUCUCUGCUUUUCUUGUAGUCGUCAUGUCUUCGCCUUCGUCGGCGGCGGCUACCACCGCCAAGAUCUGCUUCAACUCCCAGUGCAAGGAGCCGUUUCCUGACACCCCGCCCACCAGGAGGAAGGGGUGGCGCCUACGCUCCGGCGAGAUCGCCGAGCUCUGCGACCGAUGCUCCUGCAUGUUCGAGCAAGGUAAUUUCUGCGAAACGUUUCACUCUGAUGAUGGGGGUUGGAGGAACUGCGAAACAUGUGGCAAGCGGGUGCAUUGUGGGUGUAUCGUUUCAGCUCCUACCUACGUGUUUGUUGAUGCUGGUGGAGUCGAUUGUGUUGCAUGUGCUAGGAAAUCUCUUGUCACGGCACCAAAUCAGAUGUUAUCUUCUCCUAUGCUUAUGUCCCAACAAGUAUCCGAGAGGAAGGAAUUUCCUGCUAAAAGCUGGAAACCAUUGAAUGGUCCAUUUUUUGGACAGUGGCGUCAAUCACCACAUAUGUGGAACAUGACAAGUGCACAAUCAGACUUGCAACAGCGGUUGUCAUAUGAAUUUGACAGACCUAAUUGCAUUGAGAAACUUACUCCUGGUGGCCGUCAUUCUAUUUUAGCGCAUGAAAAGAAAUUCGAAAACCUCUCUGAGAGACCAAUUACUAGCAAUGUCGCAAGAGAAAGAUAUGUCAAUGGUAAAAUAGGUAUUGAUGCAGCUUCUACUUUUGGUAUGUUCCAUGGAGAAGACAAUGCUGAUGGAGUGCAAGAUUCUUGCCGCCUUGUUGGAGAAAAUGAUUCUGUCUCUACAAGGAAAGCAGUGAAUGGAGACCCUUGUUCCACCAGUGCUUCUGGAGCUAACCUUGAUGCACAUCUAAAUUCAUGUGUGAAGCCAGCAACAUCAUCUGCAAUAAAGGAAGAUACUUCACCUCUUGGAUUGGCUGCUCCUUUUCAAUCGGCAAAUGAUCUGAAGGAGCCAAGUAGAUAUUCAAACCAAUCACAAGGUCAAGCAGGUUAUCCUCUGUCAAAGCAAUUCUACCCUCAAAGCAUGAUGGAUGCUGAAUUACAAACUCAUAUACGCAAUGGAAAAUCUCGAGUAGAUAACCGAGCACGGUCCCAGUUACUUCCUCGAUAUUGGCCUAGAAUAACCGAUAAAGAGCUACAACAAAUAUCAGGAGAUUCAAACUCUGUGAUUACUCCAUUGUUUGAAAAGAUGUUGAGUGCUAGUGAUGCUGGUCGGAUUGGACGUCUCGUGCUGCCAAAAAAAUGUGCUGAGGCCUACUUUCCUACAAUUUCUCAACCUGAAGGACUUCCUUUAAAAGUUCAGGAUGCAAAUGGCAAGGACUGGGUGUUCCAAUUUCGUUUUUGGCCUAAUAAUAACAGCAGGAUGUAUGUUUUGGAGGGGGUAACACCUUGUAUUCAGGCAAUGCAAUUGCAAGCAGGUGACACAGUAACAUUUAGCCGGAUAGAUCCAGAAGGGAAGUUAAUUAUGGGAUUCAGAAAGGCUUCUAGUGUCUCCAACGAACAGGACUCUCAAACACUUAAAUCUGGCAACGGUUUCUCAACACCUCCAGAGGGUGACAACAAAGGCACUGCUAAAGAUUUUAAGGGCAAUCCAGAACCAAGAAACUUGAUCAAUACAGCAGAGCAGUGGAACUGCACUAAGUUAGCAAAUGAAGGCCUGUUACAAAAGGAUGGGCUCAAUGCUAGAUCCUCACAGGGUAGUAGAAGGAAAGGUGGCAAUCUUGGUUCCAAGAGUAAACGUCUACGGAUUGAAAAUGAGGAUUCCAUGGAAUUGAAAGUAACAUGGGAAGAGGCUCAACAGCUGCUUCGUCCACCUCCUAACUGUAUUCCUAGUGUUGUUUUGGUUGAAGGUCAUGAGUUCGAAGAAUAUGAGGAAGCACCAGUGCUUGGGAAGCCGACAUACUUUACCACUAAUCAAUCUGGUGAAAACUAUCAAUGGGCUCAGUGCGAAGAUUGCUCAAAAUGGCGUCGACUGCCUGUAGAUGCACUUCUGCCAUCUAGAUGGACCUGUUCCAACAAUAUGUCGGAUCCUGAAAGGUCUUUGUGCUCAGCUGCUCAGGAAUUGAGCAUGGAGCAACUGGCAGAAUUGAUCCCUUGUAAAGCAGGUGCAUCUAAGAGAUCAAAGGUUAAAGUUGAAACUGACAAUAUUGAAGUUUCAGAUGGGCUGGAUACGCUUGCUAACCUUGCCAUUCUUGGAGAGGGUGAAAACCUUCCCCCUUCUCAACCUACAACAAAGCAUCCAAGGCAUAGGCCUGGCUGCACAUGCAUUGUAUGUAUACAGCCUCCAAGUGGCAAGGGCCCUAAGCACAAGCAGACUUGCACAUGCAAUGUUUGCCUCACAGUCAAACGCAGGUUCAGGACCCUCAUGCUUAGGAGGGAGAAGCGUCAGUCAGAGAAGGAAGCUGAGACUGCAAGGAAGCAGCAGAAACAACAGUCCAACCAAUCACCAGAGAAAGCACCAGGAGGAAGUGACCCAUUAAAAACUGAUCUAGGUGUGAACAAAACCCCUCGGAAAGCAAUGACAAAUGAUGAGGGGAUCAGUGAUGAGGGACUCGAGCGAAGAAGAGCAUCGCAGUCUCCUCUCAAGGCCCCUCAGAUUGAUUUGAACAUUCAACCAGAGCGAGAGGAAGAACCAUCACCAAAAUCCGACUCUGGCAGCAUGAUGAGGCUUCUGCAAGAUGCUGCGACGUAAACAGCUUUAGAUUGUUGAAACAAGUGAGAAAGGUGGUCCGCAUCUGUAACUUGCGUUCAACCAUCUUCGAGUUGAGGCAAAACACACUCCCAGCAUGUCUGUAGACUAGGCUGUAGAAGCAGUAUGUUAGAAUGCCAAUCUUCACCAUUGUUAAGUCUUGUUUUUUGUCUUUUCAAAUAACUGCAGAGUAUGUGAAGGUAAAUUUGAAAGAUUGUCCAUUUGAGCA